AUGUCCCUGAGCAGUGCUUUCAGGGCCGUGGGCAAUGACCCUGGGAUCAUCACCUGGAGAAUUGAGAAAAUGGAGCUGGUGCUGGUGCCUCAGAGUGCUCAUGGUAACUUCUACGAGGGGGACUGCUACGUCAUCCUUUCGACCCGGAGAGUGGGCAGCCUUCUCUCCCAGGACAUUCACUUUUGGAUCGGGAAGGACUCCUCCCAGGAUGAGCAAAGCUGUGCAGCCAUCUACACAACACAGCUGGACGACUACCUGGGAGGCGGCCCCGUGCAGCACCGCGAGGUCCAGUACCACGAGUCGGACACCUUCCGGGGCUACUUCAAGCAGGGUGUCAUUUACAAAAAGGGGGGCGUGGCCUCCGGGAUGAAGCACGUGGAGACCAACACAUACGACGUGAAGCGGCUUCUACACGUGAAAGGGAAGAGGAACGUCAGGGCCACGGAGGUGGAAAUGAGCUGGGACAGUUUUAACCGAGGCGACGUCUUCUUGCUGGACCUUGGAAUGGUCAUCAUCCAGUGGAACGGCCCGGAGAGCAACAGUGGGGAACGACUCAAGGCCAUGCUUCUGGCAAAGGACAUUCGGGACAGGGAGCGAGGGGGCCGUGCUGAAAUCGGAGUGGUUGAGGGAGACAAAGAGGCAGCCAGCCCGGAGCUGAUGACAGUCCUCCAGGACUCCCUUGGCCGGUGCUCCAUUAUCAAGCCUGCAGUUCCUGACGAGAUCGUGGAUCAGCAGCAGAAAUCAAAUAUCACGUUGUAUCAUGUCUCAGAUGCAGCUGGACAGCUGGCAAUCACAGAGGUGGCAACAAGGCCUCUGGUCCAGGACCUACUGAACCACGAUGACUGCUACAUCCUGGACCAAAGUGGAACCAAGAUCUACGUGUGGAAAGGCAAAGGAGCCACGAAGGUUGAGAAACAGGCAGCCAUGUCCAAAGCCCUGGAUUUCAUCAAGAUGAAGGGUUAUCCCAGCAGCACCAACGUGGAGACCGUCAAUGAUGGCGCUGAGUCAGCCAUGUUCAGACAGUUGUUCCAGAAAUGGUCCGUGAAGGACCAGACUACAGGCUUGGGCAAAAUAUUUAGCUUUGGCAAAAUUGCUAAAGUUUUCCAGGAGAAGUUCGACGUGAGUCUCCUGCACACCAAGCCAGAAGUGGCUGCCCAGGAGAGGAUGGUGGAUGAUGGCAAUGGCAAAGUCGAGGUCUGGAGAAUUGAAAACCUGGAGUUGGUCCCUGUGGAACAUAAGUGGUACGGCUUCUUCUACGGAGGAGACUGCUAUCUGGUGUUCUACACUUACGAAGUAAAUGGGAAGCCCCACUACAUCCUAUACAUCUGGCAGGGCCGCCACGCCUCACAGGAUGAGCUGGCAGCCUCGGCCUACCAGGCUGUGGAGGUGGAUCAGCAGUUUGGUGGAGCCCCAGUGCAGGUUCGGGUGAGCAUGGGGAAGGAGCCACGCCACUUCAUGGCCAUCUUUAAAGGAAAGCUGGUUAUCUACGAGGGCGGGACUUCUAGGAAGGGAAAUGCAGAGCCUGACCCUCCGGUGAGACUCUUCCAGAUCCAAGGAAAUGACAAAUCCAACACCAAAGCAGUGGAAGUCUCGGCCUUCGCUUCCUCGCUCAACUCUAACGACGUCUUCCUGCUGCGAACUCAGACGGAACACUACCUGUGGUAUGGCAAGGGGUCCAGCGGGGAUGAGCGGGCAAUGGCUAAGGAGCUGGUGGAACUUCUCUGUGAUGGCAACGCGGACACUGUGGCCGAGGGCCAGGAGCCACCUGAGUUCUGGGGCCUUCUGGGAGGAAAAGCACCCUAUGCUAAUGACAAAAGGCUACAGCAAGGAAUCCUGGACGUACAGGUCCGGCUCUUCGAAUGUUCCAAUAAGACUGGCCGGUUCCUUGUUACCGAGGUCACGGACUUCACCCAGGAUGACCUGAACACAGGUGAUGUGAUGCUCCUGGACACCUGGGACCAGGUGUUCCUGUGGAUAGGAGCUGAGGCCAAUGCCAUGGAGAAGGAAGGGGCCCUCUCGACUGCCCAGGAGUACCUGGUAACUCACCCCAGCGGCCGAGACCCCGACACGCCGAUCCUGAUCAUCAAGCAGGGCUUUGAGCCUCCUACCUUCACUGGCUGGUUCCUGGCAUGGGACCCUCACAUGUGGAGUGCGGGAAAAUCGUACGAGCAGUUAAAGAAAGAACUGGGAGAUGCCGCUGCUAUCGUGCGCAUCACCGCCGAUAUGAAGAACGCAACCCUCUCCCUGAAUUCUAAUGAGAGUGAGCCAAAGUAUCACCCUGUAGAAGUCCUACGGAAAAGUCAGAACCAGGGGCUGCCCGAGGAUGUGAACCCUGCCAAAAAGGAGAAUUACCUCUCGGAGCAAGACUUUGUGUCUGUGUUCGGCAUGACAAGAGGACAGUUCACUGCUCUGCCCGGCUGGAAACAGCUCCAGCUGAAGAAAGAAAGGGGGCUUUUCUAAAGCCAGGCGUCUGGUGUCUGUCCACAUCAGAGAGCAAGCACACAGUGCCAACGUCAGCCACGA